CAGGGCCGAACUCAGCCAGCCAUUGGAGACUGCUACGCCUUAUCCGAAUCCAUUGGUCACCAGCUUGUGGCGGACGGACGCCAUGGCCACUACGCUUUGCUUCAUCUUCCUCGUCGCGCCGCCUCCUUUGCACAUUCUCUGUCCUCGUUAUUGAUCGCGUCCUCCACUCCCCCUGAGUCGUCGCUGUGGGGUUCCCUCUUUGGGUGAGGAGUAAUGGCAGCCAUGGCAGCAGCGAAGGCUGAGUUUCUGGGGCAGUCCCUGGUGGGCAGCCAGAGCGAGGUGGUUGGCCAGAGGAAGGAGGCCAUGCGCACCGUGGCUCUGUUCAACAAGAAGGACGCUGGAAAGGCAGCCGCGCCAGUGAAGAAGGCCGCUGGAAAGGCAGCCAGCGCUGUGAAGAAGGCGAACACUAAGGUGAAUGUUCCCAGCAACGAGGAGUUGGCCAAGUGGUACGGUCCUGAUAGGAGGAUUUACUUGCCCGAGGGUCUUUUGGCCAAGGAUGAGAUUCCUGCGUACCUCACCGGAGAAGUCCCCGGAGACUAUGGAUACGAUCCCUUCGGUUUGUCAAAGAAGCCAGAGGACUUCGACAGGUACCAGGCAUACGAGCUGAUCCAUGCGCGUUGGGCUAUGUUGGGAGCCGCUGGGUUUGUUCUUCCCGAGGCAUUCAACAAGUUCGGAGCCGUCUGCGGCCCUGAAGCCGUCUGGUGGAAGACUGGAGCAUUGCUGCUGGAAGGUGACUCCAUCAAGUACUUCGGAGCCACCGUUCCCAUCAACCUGGCCGCCGCCGUGAUUGCCGAAGUUAUCCUGGUUGGAGGAGCUGAGUACUACAGAUCGACUAACAAGUCUCCCCUCGGAUCGGACUUGGAUAGGCUGCACCCAGGAGGUGCAUUCGACCCUUUGGGGCUUGCAAAGGACCCCGACCAGUUCGCGCUGUUGAAGGUGAAGGAGAUCAAGAACGGGAGGUUGGCUAUGUUUUCGAUGCUGGGGUUCUUCGUCCAGGCAUACGUGACUGGAGAGGGACCGGUGGAGAAUUUGGCUGCACACUUGAGCGACCCAUUCGGAAACAACUUGCUGACCGUCAUCCAGGGUACUGCUGAGCGGACUCCCAGCCUUUAAGCAAGAAAAGCUGGAUAUGUAGUGACUGCCGAGGAUUGGGAAUGUAUAGACCUAGGAGAUCUUAAUGCACGAAGCUCGUUGCUUGGAGAAAAUUCAUCGUACAUAUUGGAUAUGUGAAAGACAAUGCAGUUAGAAAACCUGCUUUCCUUUGCGUUAAUUUAGCUUCGCUUUGAAGACUGAGUUUUUCAAAUUGAAGUGAUGACUCUUUUAAACUAACCAAGUCCACGAUUAUCGAUA